CGGUAUAAGCAAUGGUAGUGUAGAAUACCAAAUGUAAACACCUGAUUUUCCUUGAUUGCAUCCAUCAAACAUGUCAUUAUCCAAUGGUCAAGUUCUCUCAAUUGUGACGUAAGGGCCACCAGAAAUUAGAAUUUCUAAAAAUAUUCCAUGUCAACAUGUGCGGUGGAGACUGGGGAAACGUCGGGCACAGAGGAUAUCAGUCUCACAACAUGUCUUCACCAACUGCAGACGUCUUCGGAUGUGGCUUGCAAAUGUAUCAGCUGUCCCCAGAUUCAAAGCGGCUUGGGUCAUACACGGAGGACAGAACAUAUGAUAGUUUGGAUGGAAGCUCCACAGAGUUGACUGAUGUGUUUGAAGAAGAGGACUGUAUUCAGGAUGAAGGCUGGAGUACCCCUGUUGCAGACCUGAAACAGAAAAUUGCAGCUCGGCUAGAAAACUAUCUUACCAAUGAGAGCCUGUCUGAAGAUGCCUUUUUACUGAAACAUGUUCAGAGGAACAAGAAGGGCUACGUCAGUGUGAAGUUACUAACUUCAUUCAAAAAGAUCAGGGAGCUCACACGUGACUGGCGAACCACUCUGGCUGCAGCUCGCACCACGCAGCAGCUGGAAGUCAACGAGGAGGGAACCAAGGUGCGACGGCGGGACCCAGUGCCCGACUGGCUACUGUGUGUCCCCACCAGCAAGCUGCUGCUGGCCUGGAACCUCCUGGGAGGAGAGGACAACGAUGAGGAGAGCGAGGCCCCGGGGGUGGAGCAGCAGGGCCUGAUGGAGACAGCCAUGAGACUAUUUGGCUGCCACGGCACCAUCACGUCCCUCCGCAUCCUGCGCCCAGGGAAGGAGAUCCCUGCCGAGCUCAAGAGGUAUGCAAAGAAACACAUGGAGCUGGGGCGUAAGGUGUGUGCCGUGGUGGAGUAUGAGUAUCUGGAGGGGGCACGGAGGGCCUUUGAGGCCCUGCAGGCGGAGGAGCAGCUACAGGGGAACAGGGCGGUACGCGUGGUACUCCUAGGCAGCAGGGGCACCAGGAAGCCAAGGGGCAGCCAGGACCGCACAGAGGAAGAGUCUGAGGACGGCAUCGAGAGUAUGUGCUCGAGGAAGCCUAACCGCAAGGGCAGGCGCUACCCGGGCUACUCCCUGGAGGACUCUGCCCUCUACAGCUCGUCUGAGUCUGACUUCGCCCCCGCCUCGCCCAGGCCCAACCGCAGGGUCACACGACCCCAGGCUCUGUACGGCAGCCCCCUGGCCAUCCCCCGGGUGUCCUCCUUCCGCUCAGACCCCUACAAGAACCCAGUUUGUAGCCCUGUGGGAAGCCCCCUCCUGCCCCGCAAGCUGUUCCCCAGUGGCCACACUCCGUCCCCGCUGGCCGCUCCAGAGAUCAGCAGCAGCCCUGUAUCCAGUGGCAAUGGAAGCUUUGGCAGCAGGAGCAAGUGCUCCGGGGACUAUUCCCAGGAAAGUUUGGGCUUUGUGGGGAGCCCCUGGGUCCAGCGUCGGAAGACUGCCGCCCAGGCAUUUUUUCCUGACAAAGGUGGGCCCCUCUCGCCUGGCCUGCCCAAGAGGCCACUGGGCGUGGUGGAUGUUCUGCGCCAGCCGCUUGGCCCCGAUGGCACUAAAGGCUUCUACAACUGCAUUGGCAGGGGGAAGCUGGUAGUGCAGCAAUGAUUAAGCCUGGCCAAAUUUACCUCUGCCCAAAGACAGGAAUGAUUUGAUCUUAAUGUAACCACUAUAGUGUCCACAAUUACUUUUGAUUGUCUCAAUGUUUAUCUAAAUGAAAUGGGAGGGGUCACAUUGGUCAAACUUAUGAAAAUGUUAUUUUGUAUUGAUUAAUAAAGAUUACAAUGUACUUUCAACA